AAUAUUGCGCGUGCACAGCGCCUACCGAUCGGGCACGAGACCAGUUCGUCAAGAUGGCUGCCCACACUGCUGCGAUGUCGAUGUCCAAAAUCCUUCAUCCAUUCUUGGGUGGACGCCUUGGAAAUACGGCCAAAGUAUUUGGUAGAACUCUGUCAAGUCACAAGAAUAAGACCGGAAAUAGUAGAGACAACAUUCCCCCUCCUGCAAAAUAUGGAGGCAGACACACUGUGACCCUCAUACCCGGAGAUGGAAUCGGUCCAGAGCUGCUCAAUCAUGUCAAAGAGGUUUUCAGAUUCUGCUGUGUCCCGGUCGACUUUGAGGUGGUUCACGUCAACUCUGCCGUGGAGACUGAGGAUGAUAUCAACAACGCCAUCACUGCCAUUCGUCGUAAUGGGGUCGCCCUCAAAGGUAACAUAGAAACCAAACAUACCAUGGCGCCAUCUGUCAAAUCCAGAAAUAAUCUUCUACGCACAAGUUUAGACCUGUAUGCCAAUGUGAUGCACUGCCAGUCGCUGCCUGGAGUUCAAACUCGCCACAAGAACAUUGACAUAAUGAUCAUCAGGGAGAACACCGAGGGAGAGUACAGCAAUCUGGAGCACGAGAAUGUAUCUGGCGUAGUGGAGUCUCUCAAGAUCAUCACCAGGACCAACUCCUUGAGGAUUGCAGAAUAUGCCUUCCAACUGGCCAGGGAGAAAGGUCGUAAAAGGGUCACUGCCGUGCACAAGGCCAACAUCAUGAAGCUGGGCGAUGGUCUGUUCCUUCAGUGUUGCAGGGAAGUGGCAUCGGAUUACCCAGACCUCACUUUUGACAGCAUGAUUGUGGACAACACCACCAUGCAGUUGGUGUCCAAGCCCCAACAGUUUGAUGUGAUGGUGAUGCCCAAUCUGUAUGGCAACGUGGUGAGCAACGUGUGCGCAGGCCUGGUGGGGGGGCCGGGCCUCGUGCCUGGGGCCAACUACGGCCGUGACUAUGCGGUCUUUGAAACGGCUACAAGGAACACGGGGAAGAGUAUCGCGGGAAAGAACAUUGCUAACCCAACGGCCAUGCUGCUAGCCAGCUGCAUGAUGCUGGACCACCUUAAGCUUUAUGACUACGCAAGCAUGAUCCGAAAUGCCAUCCUCAGUACUAUGAAUGAAACCAGGUUGCACACAGCUGAUCUUGGGGGUCAGGGCACCACAUCCGAGGUGGUCCAGUCCAUCAUGAGGGUCAUUCAGAGUAAAGGGUCGCUCACAUCCGAGCUCUAAACACACACACACACACACACACACACACACACUUGCUCAGACUCAACAGGUUGUCCGUGCAUGUCUGUAGCGCUGAGUCCUCUUGCUGGCAUCACAACAUUUCCUCUUUUUUGUUGGUUUUAGGUGUUUAGCCACACCUGUGUUUCACAUAUAGUGAUGACCUUCGGUUUACCAUUGAUCAAAUUCCAUUUUCACUUCCAGAUAAUGCAUCUUACUGAUAGAGCUCAUCGGGUUCAUUCAGUUGAAAGUCUGUGGUCUUACAAAUUGUAUUGAAAAAAUAUGAAAGUGACCUACUGUGGCCUGACACGCGUUCGGGUUAGAAGUAUAUAGAAUAUCCCGAUAUGACUGUGGAUUUUCCACUCUGCAUCAUUAUUUAUUUUCCACAUUCAGAUUAUUUUGUAGCCUUUUUAUUCAACUAAAAUGUGCUUCGAUACAAUAUCUUAAAUAUCUGGUUGCUUGAUAUAAAUAUACUGUUGUGUGUGUUCACAUCAGAUCAAUUGUACUUAUAAAGUGAUGUAUGUAUUUUAGUCUGACCAAGCAAGAGCUCCUCAAACCAGAUAUGAAAUGUACUCUUUAAUGAAAUCUGUGGGCGGCUACGUAUACUGUACAACACAAAUAUGAUCAAUAAAGAAAUAUCUACCGUAUCAGG